AUGACGGCCGAGCAACCGCCGCAGCAGGCCCGGGAGGGGGGCGCCGCCGCCGCCGCCGGAAGCCAGGCAAGGAGCUCCAGCGUGCUGGUCAACCAGCUGAGAGAGAUCACAGGAAUUCAGGAUCCUCUAGUUCUCCAUGAAACCCUGAAGGCUGCCGAUGGGGACUUAAGGGAGGCUGUUGAAAUUCUCACCGAGGGCCGUGCGAAAGAGUCAGGCCCAGAGCCAUCUGACUGCGCUGCAGAACCAUCUGACUGUGAAGGGAGUGCUGUUUGCAAACAGCAGGCAACCAGUACAGUUGAUUCAGUAACACAUGACAAAGCUGAUCUGCAGAAAGCUAUCCCGUUGAGAAUCCAGGAGUUUCCAACUCUUCACAGCCUACUAAGGGAUCCUAAUGCAACAGAGAAUGCAGCUCAUGAGUCGAGUGUGGCAGACAGUAAAAACCGUUCCAAAAGAAAACGAUGCGAAGUCUGGGGGGAGGCCCUCAGCCAGAAUGGGUGGAGGAGAACAAACGGCUGGCCUGUAGGAAUGAAAAACAUCGGAAAUACUUGCUGGUUCAGUGCGGUCAUACAGUCUCUCUUCCACCUGCCAGAAUUCCGGCGUCUGGUCCUCGGCUACUCUCUUCCAAACAGUCUACUGGAAAAUUGUCAAAGCCGCAGCAAAAAGAGGAACAUCGCAUUCAUGCUGGAGCUGCAGUGUCUCUUUGCUUUAAUGUUGGGGACGGUCCGUAAAUUUGUAGAUCCCGCAGCAGCGCUAGAGCUCCUAAGGGGUGCAUUCAGAUCUCCUGAUGAGCAGCAGCAAGAUGUGAGUGAGUUCACGCACAAACUCCUGGACUGGCUGGAGGAUGCUUUCCAGUUGGCUGUGAACGUCAACAGUAACCCCCAGGACAAGUCUGACAACCCAAUGGUUCAGCUUUUUUAUGGGACAUUUUUAACUGAAGGGAUUCAUGAAGGCAAGACCUUUUCCAAAAUCGAGACCUUUGGCCAGUAUCCCCUGCAGGUAAACGGUUAUAAGAACUUGAACGAGUGUUUGGAAGGAGCCAUGGUAGAGGGGGAGACUGAAUCGCCACCUUCUGAUCAGUCAGUGAAAUACGGGCAAGAGCGGUGGUUCACAAAGCUCCCUCCAGUGCUGACCUUUGAACUUUCCCGAUUUGAGUUCAAUCAGUCCCUUGGACAGCCGGAGAAGAUACACAGCAAGUUAGCAUUCUCACAAGUAAUUUAUAUGGACAGGUUCCUGUAUAGCAACAAAGAACGUAUUCAAGCCAGAAGAGAAGAACUCAAGAAGCUGAAGGGUCAGAUAGCGCUUCUGCAGCAAAAGUUGGAAAGAUACAUGAAAUAUGGAUCCGGUGAAGACCGCUUCCCCUUGCGGGACAUGCUGGUGUAUGUUCUUGAAUUUGCAAGUACAAAGCCUACAGCGGUAGAGGUCAAAGGCCACACUUCAGGCGUGCCUCCCAUGCAUAGCAGGGUGGAAGUAACACAAAUCACUGAGAAUGGUGAAGAUGCUGUAGCCACCUCUCACCCAGAACUAGUGAACAGAUCCUUCCAGUUCCCCUGGGAUCCUGUAGAGAUGCCGGAGUAUCCAGCUCCACGUGUGGUCACGGAGGAUGAGAUGAGUCUUGUUAUGACCUGCCUGCACCGGUGGAGGAAAGAAGUUGAGCAAGACAUACAAGGCCUGCAGAACUCAAUUGCCCUGCUUGCGGAGUCCGUUGAAUUGAUGUACGCUGAUCAUUCUCUCGAUCAGGUCCCUUACCACUUGCACGCUGUCCUCGUCCACGAAGGCCAGGCCAACGCUGGCCACUACUGGGCCUACAUCUACAACCAGGCCCGAAAGAGGUGGCUCAAGUAUAACGACAUCUCUGUAAUGGAAGCCUCCUGGGAAGAGCUGGAGAGGGACUCCUUUGGAGGCCUGAAGAAUGCAAGCGCCUACUGCCUUAUGUACAUUAACGAAGCACUCUUCUGCUCUGCUGCAGACAAGGGCUACAGUGGGCACUUGCGGAGGGAAGUGGAAGCUCUGAGCACAGAUCUGCAGCAGUACAUCCAAGAGAGCAACUGGCGGGUCGAGCAGGAAAUGGCGGAGUGGGCGGAAGAGCAGUCCUGCAAGGUGGCGCAGAUGGAGCCGUUGGAGUUGUCUGUUGACUCUCAAGAUCUGUCCACGGACUCCACGCAGGACCUCUCUUCACCCUCUGAACACAGGGCGUGUCCUCAGUCUUUCGAGCACGCCAUGAUCUCCAGGGACCAGACAGCUCAAGCCAUUGCCAACACAGCCGACGUGUACGAGAAGAGUGGUGUGGAGGCAGCUCUUGCAGAAUCCCUUCUCGCCCUGCUACUGCAGUCUGAGGAGGCAGAACCAGCAAAGAAAUUCCUGGAAGAAGCCAACCUUGCGGCUCAGGCAGAAGAGCAGCAGGACACGGCGGGGCUAGCAGCGGCCUCCCCUGCCCUGCCUAGCUCUCAGGUCUCUGAAGUGGAGAUCCCCAGUGUGGGCAAGAUUCUAGUUAGGUCUGACGCAGAUGGCUAUAAUGAGGAGGUGAUGCUUAGUCCCGCCAUGCAGGGCGUGAUCCUGGCUAUAGCUAAAGCUCGCCAGACCUUUGACCGGGAUGGGUCUGAAGCAGGGCUAGUUAAGGCAUUCCACGAAGAGUACUCCCGGCUGUAUCUGCUUUCCAAAGAGACCCCCACACCUCAGAAUGACCCUCGGCUUCAGCAUGUUCUAGUUUACCUUUUGCAAAACGAUGCUCCCAAACGAGUGGUGGAGCGGACUCUUCUGGAGCAAUUUGCAGACAAAAACCUCAGCUACGAUGAAAGAUCAAUAAGUAUUAUGAAAGUUGCCCGAGCCAAGCUGAAAGACAUUGGUCCUGGGGACAUUGACAUGGAGGAGUACCAGAAAUGGCACGAAGACUACAGUUUGUUUCGCAAGGUGUCUGUUUACCUGCUGACUGGCUUGGAGCUGUACCAGAACAAAAAGUACUGUGAGGCCCUGACCUACCUAGUAUACGCUUAUCAGAGCAACAUGACCCUGCUGAGGAAGGGACCCAACAGAGGAGUGGAUGAAGCUUUGAUUGCUCUCUACAGAAGGAAGUGUCUCUUGAAGUUGAAUGAUGUUGCGGCGAUGCUUUUUGAUAGCUGCAAUGAAAUGUAUGUGGCCGAAGGCAUAAACCACUUGAAUGAGCUGAUCAUACCGUGCAUGCACCUCAUCAUGAGCAACGACAUCUCCAAGGAUGAUCUGGAUGCCAUUGAGAUCAUGAGAGGUCGCUGGUGUUCCUACCUGGGAAAAGACAUGGAUGAGGACUUGCAGUUGAAGCUGGGUGAACUGCUGCCCCGUCUGCUGGACUGCUCUGCAGAGGGUGUCAUUCUGAAAGAGCCGCCCACGAUCCGUCCCAACACCUAUGACCUCUGCAGCCGAUUUGCAGCAGUGAUGGAGUCCAUCCACAGGGCCUCCACCGUGAUUGUCAGCUAA